AAUCACCAGUUUACAAGCCGCACUUCAUAACUGAACAAUAAUAUUGUAUAUUAAAUCUGUGAUCUGGAACUAGAACCCCUACGCUCAUCCAGUCAUGCCUCUUAAGUUGGUAACCCGUAAAGAAUGGGGGGCGACAAAACCUUUCUACCAAGACCCACAAACUCUGCCUGUGCCUUGGAUUGUCAUCAAAUACUACACCAGAUCUCCUUUCUGUCACUGUGUUGAGGACUGCUGCAAUAUAGUAAACACACUGCAAAAGAACCAUAUGAAACUGCUAGGCUACAUGGAUAUAAAGUACAAUUUCUUGGUAGGUGGAGACGGGUGUGUGUAUGAAGGGAGAGGGUGGUACAACACCCCGACCAAGCAGGACAUGCGCCUACUGGACUUCUACACUGAGAGCUACGAUAUAGCGCUUAUAGGCGACUACCAAGACAUAAAUCCUCCAGAAGAGAUGAUGCAGGCAGUCAAAUGUCUAGCGGACUACGGAGUCAACGCUGGAUUCCUCAAACCUGACUACAAAGUUUUUGAGAACAGAAAAGACACUGUGAUGCCUUACGACCCUGAACACGAGAGAUACUACGGCAAAGAGGGGCUGUUCGAAAACACCCCUUACAACUGAUACUACUGAAAAAUGUUCAGUUGUAAGGGUUUUCUAAGAAUUGUAAAUUAAUUGGUAGUUGUAAGAUCCAUAGGA